GUGGCCGACUGCAUCAGAUAGUUUGCUGUUUUGUCCAUGGCUCUCAAUCAUGAUUGGAUCGUGCUUUCUCCUGCUUUCUUUCUUAUUUUUUCUUCCCCUUUAUAAUUAAAGUUUUUCUCUCGACCCGUUUUUACUCUUAUCCUUCACAACGGUACCCUAAAUGCAGUUAAAAUUAGAACAAGUUAGAUCUGCGAAGACUGACACAACUGUUUUGGCACUCUUCCUAGUCAUUCAUCAUGGCUGACAUGAGAUGUUUCGCCGCUGAAGAUGGCAGCUGGGAGCUCCCUCCACCGUACGAGUCUAUCUCGUCCUCAGGGGGCGAUCCGACAGGGAAUCAUACAGCGGCUCAUCCUGUGGUCUUUCCACUAUCCGACGAUUCUUUCCCAGAGCUAUUGCCGACGAAUGAUGGUCGUGUAGAUGUUCAUAUCGGAUCGCGGUUCAGUCGCAAUCUGGAAUGGCUUAUGGGAAACCAAGCCGCCGAGGCACCUCAGACAGAGAGAGAAGCAGCUCCAUCCGUACCAUAUCCUGCCUGGGAUCUGCAUCUCAACGUCGUGAUCCAAGUUGUAGGUAGCCGUGGUGAUGUCCAACCCUUUGUCGCCUUGGGCAAGGAAUUGCAGAAGUACGGCCACCGUGUGCGGCUGGCCACGCAUGCCAAAUUCGAGCAAUUCGUCAGGACCGCCGGCCUUGAAUUCUAUCCCAUUGGAGGCGAUCCUGUCGAGCUGAUGUCCUAUAUGGUGCGCAACCCUGGACUCAUUCCAAGCAUAAAAAGCCUGCGGGCAGGCGAUAUCCAGCGGAAGCGGGCCUCGAUAGCGGAGAUUUUAGACGGCUGCUGGCGGUCGUGUAUAGAACCGGACCCAUAUGAUAAGACCCCAUUCGUGGCGGAUGCCAUAAUUGCAAACCCGCCGAGUUUUGCCCAUAUCCACUGUGCGCAGGCGCUUGGCAUUCCCGUCCAUCUCAUGUUCACGAUGCCUUGGACGAGCACUAGGGCCUUUCAUCAUCCGCUCGCGAACUUAAAGUAUUCGGGUAACGACCCGUCGCUGGGGAAUUUGGUUUCUUAUCAUUUUGUGGAGUGGUUGACGUGGCAAGGUCUAGGGGAUUUGGUCAAUGCCUGGCGCAGGAAUGUACUGGGCCUAGAUCCCGUCCCCACCACAGAGGGACCAAACCUCGUAGAAGCGCUCAAUGUGCCAUUCACAUACUGCUGGUCUCCCGCAUUGAUCCCGAAGCCCAAGGACUGGGCAUCUCAUAUAGACGUCUGUGGAUUCUUCUUUCGUGAUCCACCGGCCUACGAACCGCCAGCGGAACUUGACGCCUUCCUGCUUGCUGGUCCGCCACCAGUCUAUAUCGGUUUCGGUAGCAUCGUCCUUGAGGAUGUAGAAAAGACGCUGUCCAUCCUACUUGAUGCUAUUCAAGAGACCGGAGUACGGGCCAUAAUAUCCUGUGGCUGGAGCAAUUUAGAACGCCGAGAGACUCCCAACGUUUACUAUAUUGGCGACUGUCCGCACGAGUGGCUCUUCCAGCAUGUUGCCGCUGUUGUUCAUCACGGCGGUGCGGGAACAACAGCCUGCGGCCUGCGGAAUGGAAAACCGACUGUCAUCGUCCCCUUCUUUGGAGACCAACCAUUUUGGGGUAAUAUGAUUGCCGCCGUGGGAGCCGGUCCGGAGCCAAUUCCCCACAAGAACCUCACCGCACGGAAGCUGGCUGACGCCAUCACCUAUUGCUUAACCCCGCAGGCUGCUGCUGUGGUGCGGGGUAUAGCGGACAGGAUGCGCCAGGAGUGCGGUGUUCGUGCGGCAGUUGACUCGUUCCACGCGCAUCUCCCGCGGCAUAAGAUGCAGUGUGAUCUUAUACCGAGCGAACCAGCAGUCUGGUAUUUUAAGACAGGAAAACGAACAGUCAAGCUGUCCAAAGUGGCUGCGUGGACCCUGAAGCGCCAGGGACGUAUCCAGGGAAACCAUCUUAAACUAUACCAAACAAAGCCAUUUACCAUCGAUGUUCGUCGAUGGGACCCCUUUACGGCCAUUUCAUCGGCUUCGCUAUCUACCCUCACCGGCAUGGCCGAUGCCACAGCAGGGAUCUUUAUCGAUCCAUAUAAGGAAUACAAGCGUCUCCGAAAGUCUGACCGCAAUCGUGACGCCUCCAACCCUGCCAACGUUCCACACCCCCCACUCUCUGCAUCUGAGACACUAUCCACGACUGAACUAGCAUUAAUAACACGGACGCACUCGCACAUCUUGGACACUGAACUUAGUUCUGAUGACCCAGACUACGCGCGGCACAUGGCUAUUGCAUCAGCUACCAGCUUAGGAAUCUUUCUCGGCCGGUCCUCUCGCGGCGCCCUGGUAGAUCUACCUCUUGCAGCCGUCGAAGGCAUGCGGGCUGUGCCCCGACUGUAUGGCGAAAAGGUACGUGUGCACGACCCGGUGAGGGACUGGAAGAGUGGUGCGGGUGUGGCGUGGUCGACCUUCUCUCACGGCUUGUACGAGGGUGUCACCGAUAUCUUCGUGCACACAUAUCAGGGAAAGAAGAAGCAGGGCGCUCUUGGAGUGGCUAAGGGCUUGACCAAGGGUCUAGUCAGCUUGACAGUUAAGACCGGGGCGGCAACGGUUGGUCUUAUCGCGUAUCCAAAUCAGGGGAUCUAUCGCUCGCUGAUGAGUACCGUACGGAAACGACCAGCAAAGAGGAUUGAGGAAGCAAGAUGGACAGAGGCGGAAUGGAUCACUAGGGCGGAGGGUGGUAUGCAGAUAGAAGCACCGGGGUUGUGUUGGUUGUAUGAAGAGUUGUUGUCUACCAGGGAGAUAGCCCGAAGAGGGCGGUAA